AUGCCAACCACUGAACACAGCCUUCCAUUAUCCCCAGAAGAGGUCACAACAGAGUGGCUCUCCAGCGCCCUGGGACAUAAAGUGAAAUCAUUUACAUUCACCAACAAAAUCCUCCUUGCAACUGCUAGUAAACUAUUCGUUACAGUUGCAUACGACGAUGAAGCUGUGGCCAGUGCAGCUGGGAAACCCACCCACAUUUGCUUGAAGGGAGGCUUUAACCAGGCGGUGGUAGCUCAGUAUCCGGAUAUUAUGAUCAGAAUUUAUACACGAGAAGUUGGAUUCUUCAGUCACGUUGUUCCUAAGAUUAACCAUGUGGAUACUGCCAAGUGCUGGUGGUCUGGAGCCAACAAGGAGCAAGGAAUUGUGAUCUUAGACGACCUGAAUAAGCAAGGCGCAAGAUUUGGCGAGCCAACAGAAGUUUGGACAGUGGACCAAGUCAAGGCAGCCGUUGAGCAGCUUGCGGGACUGCAUGCUGGAACUUGGGGAGAUAAGAGCGCCAAACUACCUACUUGGCUUACAGAUCCGGAACACUAUGAUGCCACCAUCUUAAGCUUGUGUGGUCUUUGGCAAGGUAUGGUUGUUGCCGAAAACCGACCACACUUUCCAGCAGACUGGAACGAGGAACGCAUCACGGCAGCAAUGAAGAAACACCUCAAGACUCGCGAUCCGCGAUUUACGUGUCUCCUCCACGGCGACCCGCACGCGGGCAACACAUACUUUAUUAAUGGAGCACCAAGAUUCCUCGAUUGGCAGCUCAUCCACGUGGGCUCUGCAUUCCACGACCUUGCUUACUUCAUUGUGGGAGCCUUGUCAGUGGAGGAUCGCAAAGCGCAUGAGAUGUCUAUUUUACAACAUUACCUAGGUACAUUGGCGAAGUUUGGAGGACCGAAAUUGACAUUGGAUGAGGUUUUGGUAGAGUACCGCAAGUCUCUUAUGUCAGGCAUCGGAUGGAUGCUCACUCCCUACAAAUUGCAAACUAUGGAACGUGUGCACGCCAUGAGCGAGAGAUAUGGUUCAGCGAUCCUUGAUCAUAAGACUAUCGAGCUAGUUGAGUCUCUAUGA